AUGGCAAUGUCACGACUUCUCUCCCGAUCAGCGGUUCGGGCUGCGUCCACUUCGACUUCCGCUCAAACCACCAAGGCGGCGGGAGAUAUUUCGAGCGUUUUCCCCAGUUUGAGACCAGAUUACAAGCCAGAGCCUCUGCCACCGCGCUUCAAGGAUCUAAAGUUGCAAUACUUCGAGAAAAAUGAAGACGCGCUGAAGAAAAGCUGGAAGAGACUACUGCCCAGCUUAGAAGAGGAAGUUGAUAAGAUCAAGUCAAAAGGAAGCGAUAUUAUUCCUUCCGUGGAUUACGCGGACGUUGUCUCUGGAAAUGUCCCAGAGAAGGUCCUGGCUGAAAUCCGUCAUCGCGGAACCGUAGUAAUCAGAAAUGUGCUACCCCGUGGAAUGGCUCGAGAGUACAAGGAGCGCGUUGAGGACUAUGUUGCUGCCAACAAAGAGCGUGUGAAGGCUUUCCCACCAGAUUCGCCUGCAGUAUACGAGUUGUAUUGGACUCAAUCACAGGCGGAAGCCCGGGCGCACCCUAACAUGCUCGAUACACAGCGCUUCUUGCAGCGUUUGUGGCAUUCAUCUGACCCCAAAACAAAAAUUUCUACUCGAAACCCUCUCACAUACGCCGAUCGACUCCGGAUCCGCAUGCCUGGUGAUUCCAAGUUCACCCUUGGCCCCCAUAUCGAUGGUGGCUCGCUCGAACGGUGGGAAGACCCUGAGUAUUCCCGCGUUUAUAGCAAGAUCCUCGAGGGUAAAUGGGAAGAAUACGACCCAUGGGACGCAAAGCAUCGCGUCUCGGCCAAGAUGGACUUGUAUAACGGUGCCGGCGCCUGCUCCAUGCUGAGGUUUUUCCAAGGAUGGCUGUCCAUGUCCCAAACAGCCCCAGGCGAGGGCUCGCUACAUGUGUGUCCCAUGAUUGUUCACAGCACCGCCUAUACCAUUCUCAGGCCAUUCUUUGAUACGCAAACACUGCAGCCCGCAUUGGAUGCCACUUUCCCUGGAUCUGUCCCUGGCGCUUGCCAGGAAUACAACCCCGUCACCCACCCACACCUGGAGCUUGAAAGCACUAUGGUUUCGGUACCUGAGGUGGAACCGGGUGACUAUGUCGCUUGGCACUGUGACUCUCUGCACUCUGUUGAUAAGGAACAUCAGGGCAAAGGAGACUCGAGUGUACUCUAUAUCCCUGCCACUCCUAUGUGCGACAUGAAUGUGGAUUAUCUGCUCAAGCAACGCGAGGCAGCUCAAACUUACUCCCCGCCUUGGGACUUCCCAGGUGCUGGUGGACCCGGUGAGAGCGGCUUCAAGGGUGCCCUUGACUGGAACUCGCUCAAUCCUGAGGGCUUGCGUGCUAUGGGCCUAGGCAAUACGCGAUGGGAGGUUACCUCUGACAUGACUCCACUAGCGUCAGUUGAGAUCACCGCCCGCAGCCUUGACCAACAGGGAAUCCCGAACAACACUACAGCAGGUCGUACUGUCAUUUCUAAUUUAUCCUUUGCGACCCCCCAUGACCAGUUUUCUGUUGAGGUAAUAACCAUGCGGCUACAGGCGACGCUCCUUCUGCUCGCCUCGUGCGUUCCCUCAGCGCUGGCUAUCUAUCGCGACGAGGUCGACCAUAUCGAUUUCCACCAUGCUCUACUCGGUCCUGCUUCGUCCCAUUCGACCUUCUUCCUCAAGCCUUCGUCCUCCUCUGAUGCAUCCUUACUCUACACUUUGUCCGAGAAAUUGCUCCUUGGUGCCGUAAAUCCUAGGGAUGGGUCCGUGGUGUGGAGGCAGAAUGUCUCCCGAUCCGCUGCAGCCGCUGACAGCGGCCUCUUACGUGCUUCCGACGGGACCAAUGCCAUGGUUAGCGCAGUGGGCGACUAUCUGUCAUCAUGGAGCGCUCUGGAUGGUAAAUUGAUUUGGGAGAGCUGGUUUUCCGAUGGACAUGUGGCAGACCUUGAGCUACUAGAGCUAGAGGAUGCUGCCUCGCCUUCGGCCGUUAAAGACACGAUUGCGCUUUUCGGAGGUAAGGCGGGGGUUGUUAGAAGACUGGAUGGAGAUUCGGGCAAGGUCAAAUGGGAGUAUAAAGAUGAAAGUGGCGAUCUCCCUUUCCAAGUCUCGUCCUCCUCCACCGACGUUUUCUAUAUUUCUCUGCAAUCCGCUCUUCUGAAGGGCUAUAAGAUCAAGGUUACAUCUAUGGACCUUUUGACCGGUCGUCAGAACCAACAAUUGACUUUGAACUCGGAAGGUGACAUUUCCGGGCCCGAGUCUGUGCUUUUCGUGGGCGCAAACACCGCCUCCCCUCUGAUUGUCUGGACAGAUAAGGCUCAGAAAGCACUCAAGGUCAAUGUUAUUGGUACGAAGCAAGUGAGCGCCAUCAAUAUCGACAACACCAGUGGCGAGGAGCUUCGUUCAGUCACUGUUCAUGCUCCAAAGAAACUCAACUCGUUGCCCCAUUUUCUGGUUCACUACCAGACACAAUCCACAUCCUGGGCUGAGGUGUACCACGUCAACUUGAAAUCCGCAGUUGUAUCCAAGGCCUACGAUCUGCCUCGCUUGGAAGGCUGGUCUGCCUUCUCUACAAGCACCAAAGAUGCGAAUGUUUACUUUACCCGGAUCACGCAGUCGGAAAUGACUGUUGUGUCUUCUGCUUCUCAUGCUAUCUUGGGGAGGUGGCCUCUUCAGUCGCCUCCGAUGGAGCGCGCACUACAUGCAGUGUCGGAAGUUGUCCCGAAGGGCGACAGCGUCGCGGUACGAUCGGCUGCUGUUUUGGAGUCGGGUGACUGGCAAUUACUCCGAAAUGGCCAACCUGAAUGGACUAGAUACGAGGCUUUGGCUGGCGCUUUGGCUGCCAAUUGGGCUGAGGAGGAAUACCAGGAGGAGUUGGCUCACCAGCUUGAGGUUGAAGGUCAUGAGAGCAUUUUCGCAGCGUACGCGCACCGUGUCAGGCGCCACAUCAAAGACCUCGAACAUCUUCCUGAGUGGCUACAAGACCUGCCCAAGCGCAUCCUUACCAGUUUCUUGACCGACGAAGUUUCAAACCUGGAUAGCUUCGGCAUCUCCAGACAAGUUAUCGUUGCUACUGAGAAUGGGCGUGUCUAUGCGCUCGACGGCGGAAACCACGGCGCUGUUUCCUGGAGCGUGAAAGCCGCGGAAGCAGAAACCUGGGCUCCUAUCGCAGUAGUCACCCAACCAGGCCUUGCCACUGUCUACACAGAUGAUGGCAGCUCGGUUACAUUGAACGUCGCCUCUGGAGAAAUCAUCAAGCGGACUCCGGCUACUACCAAGCUCCGUUCUGUCGCGGUGCUCAACGACCCUCCCGCGCCCCUCGUCGUUGGGAUUAAUGAGAACGGUGCUCCCGUAGAGUCUACUGAUCGUCCUGGAUUCUUUGUCACGCUCGGCAAUAGUCGCGUGCUGGGCUGGAGCGCCAACAAUAACAAGUUCCCCGUCUGGGAAUUUCUGCCCCCACAAGGCGAGAGAGUCAUCCAUGCCACCUCCCGACCAGCUCAUGAUCCUGUCGCAUCGAUUGGCAAGGUUCUGGGCGAUCGAUCAGUGCUGUACAAGUAUCUGAACCCUAACUUAGUUCUUGUCACCGCCGUGGGCGAUAACUCGGCCACAUUCUACCUGUUGGAUGCGGUUUCUGGCAAGAUUCUACAUGCUAGUACCCAAGACGGCGUUGACACCACCCAGCCUAUUGCCUCGGCCAUGUCCGAGAACUGGUUCGCAUAUUCUUUCUGGGGUGAUGCCGUCAACCCAUCGGAUGCUAAGGGCUACCAGUUGGUGAUUUCAGAGCUAUAUGAGUCCUCGAUACCUAAUGACCGUGGGCCACUGGAUGCCGCAUCCAACUACUCUAGCUUUGACGCACUGCCCCUGCCACAUGUAGUGUCCCAGUCCUUCAUCAUCCCUGAACCAAUUUCCCACAUGGCCGUUACCCAAACCCGUCAGGGCAUCACCACCCGCCAACUCCUUUGCACACUCCCCUCGACAAAUUCCCUUGUUGGCAUUCCUCGCCCCGUAUUGGACGCCCGCCGGCCCAUUGGCCGCGACCCGACCCCUACGGAGGUCGAAGAAGGCCUAUUCAAGUACAGCCCCUUCCUUGAAUUCGAUGGCAAAUGGUACCUCUCUCACACACGCGAUGUGGCUGGCAUCAAGAAAGUUCUUUCAGCACCAACACUUCUCGAGAGUACUAGUUUGAUUUUCGGCUUUGGUGGCGAUAUCUUUGGCACCCGAGCGACACCCAGCCAGGCUUUUGACAUUCUGGGCAAGGGAUUCUCGAAGUUGCAGUUGCUUAUGACCAUUGUAGCACUGACAAUUGGAGUGGUCAUCCUGUCUCCGAUGGUCCGGAAAAAACAGGUCAACCAGGUUUGGAAGGCAUCGUAG